UUACGCCACUGCCCACUAGCGCCACUAGUUCCACUCCCUUUCCGUUCGGCGACGCCAUAUUCUGCGUUCCUUUUUGGCUUUUGUUGAAAAUCAGUUUCAGAUAAGUUUAUUGUUUUACAAAAAUGGCCGAUGAAGUUAAAAUAGAAAACGAGCCCAGCACCAAUACUGAACCAUCUGAAAACAAUGCCGAUAAUGAAAAGGGAGAAUCCGAAAACUUAUCGAAACGUGGCGGCCGAGGAGGAUUCAGAGGGGACCGAGGACGGCCAUUCCGUGGAGGACCAUCUCGCGGCGGCCAAUUUCAAGGAGGACGCGGUGGCGGAAAUUUUAACUCAAAUAGAGGUGGACCAGGUGACCGCAAUGAUCAAAAUCAAGAAUUUAGAGGAGGUCGUGGACGUGGACGUGGUGGAUUCAGAGGAGGAAGAGGUGGUGGCGGCGAUCGCGGUGAUUAUGGUGGCAGAGGCUCUGGACCUUCAGAGGACCAAGGUGGAGAUGGAGACCGUGAGCAAGGUUUCAGGGGUAGAGGUCCAAUUGACAAAAUAGCUGACAGGAUUAGAAGCUUCCAAGGCCCUACUUUCGAUUUGCCACCAGUUGAUAUGAGUGAGAAGCCUUUCAAUGGAAGAAACAGAUUGUAUAUUGGAAAUAUUGGAAAUGAAGUGACUGAAGAAGAACUAACUGAACUUUUUAAACCUUUUGGCGAGACUUCAGAAGUUUUUAUGAACAAGGAGAAAAACUUUGGUUUUAUAACCCUUGAUUAUCAUGCAAAUGCUUCCAAGGCCAAACGAGAAUUGGAUGGAAUGCAGCUGAAAGGAAGAACUUUGAAAAUAAGAUUUGCUCCCAACAGCUCUACUAUUAAAGUCAAGAACUUAUCACCUUUUGUAACUAACGAAUUACUUCAUUUUUCGUUCAGUCCCUUUGGUGAAAUAGAGAAGGUUCAUGUUUGUGCUGAUGAACGAGGAAAACCUACCGGUGAAGGUUACAUCCAUUUUGCCAGAAAGUUUUCAGCAAUAACUGCUGUGAAAAAAUGUUCAGAAGGAUGCUACUUCUUAACAGCAUCUCUUCAACCAGUUAUUGUGGAAUUGCAUGAUGCUGUGGAUGACAUUGAUGGCUACUCUGACAAGAACAUUAUUAAAAGAAGUGGAGAUUUCAUGUCAGAACGUGAGCAACCUCCAAGAUUUGCUUUUCCUGAUAGCUUCGAAUUUGAAUAUGGGCAGAAAUGGAAAAGUUUAUAUGAAAUGUUCCAACAAAAAGAGGAGGCAUUGAAAAAAGAAAUGCAACUGGAAAAGGAGAAGUUAAUUGCCCAAAUGAAAUAUGCGUCAUACGAACAAGAAACUGAAAUGCUGAGAAAGCAAUUGAGAAUUCGUGAAAUGGACAAAGAGCGUCAGAAGAGAGAAUGGGAGAUGAUGGAGGGAAGGGCUGAAGAAGAACGCCUGAGGCAAGAAGAAAACAUGCGCAGGCAGCAAGAAGAGAUGGAGGCAAGAAUGAUGGCUAAUCAAGAGGAUCUGAGGAGAAGACAGCAAGAGAAUAAUCUAUUCAUGCAAGCACAGAACUUGGACAGUCUUUUGGACCAAACAGAUCAAGCUUAUGGUCAAAAUCAGUACUCUAAUGAAAGUGGUGGUGGCUCUGGUGCUGAUUUGGACACAAAACCAUUCUUUGAGCGCCGCAGCCGCUUUGAAGGACGGGACAACCAACAAGGUAGAGGUCCAAACUCACAUGGCGAAGGAAGGGGGCAUUGGGUCAGCAAUAACAGACGCGGUGGUGGAGGCGGAGGCGACGAUUAUCAAAACAAACGACGCCGUUUCUAGAUUCCCGUAUUCCGCCAAUAUUCCAAUAAUAAAGUUUUAUCCAGGGCGCCCAAACAUUUUCAAAUAUUGGCGGCUUAGCACUUUAGCAACUAGUAGGUCUACCUAAUUAUUUUGAAAAUAGUAGUGAAAUUUUUAAACAUGAGUAAUAUCAUCAGAGAACUCCAAUACUAGAGAUGCAAAAUAGUAUAUGUAUAUCAAAUUGGAUAAAUUUAAUUGUAAUAGCAUAUUUUCACUAUUAAAUCCUUGAAUACGACCUGCAUUCAACCAAUAGUUAAACCUCCAAAAGUAGUCAUUGCCAAAAAAAAAAACUUUUGCAAAUAUUUUUGGUCUUAGGAGUUCUCUGCUAAUAUAGAAAUUUAAAAAGUUAAAUCCCAUUUCACAAGGGUGUGUGUAAAAUGUGUGUAUGUAAGUUCAAAAGACCUAUGGUAUUUACUGUAGGGCUGGAACAUUUUGGAAUUCAAGUAUGUAUGCGUUAACGUAUUUACUCGAAUCAUCUAACAUUCAAAUAAAGUAUUUGAGUCUUUAAAUAGGUAUUUGAUGCAUAUCUAAAUGAGUUUUCAAAUAUUUAAACAAAUUUUUAGACUUUGGAACAAGCGCCAGCGGUAUACCUGGUUCGCAAUUAGCAAUUAAACCCAUGUGUAAUUAUUAAUGUGUACAUGACGAAAUUACUGAAACAUUAAAUUUUUAUAGUUUGGGUCUAUUCAAAGUAUUUUAUUUUGAGUAGCAAUUUUUCAUGAAUUUUUAUCAGUUAGUAUAAAUAAAAUCUCAAUGAAUGGUAGAGAUAAUGUAAAAAUAUGAGUGUAUUUCAAAUUUUGAACAAUAUUAAAAAAAAAACACUUAUUAAGUGGGCGCCCUGACUUUAAAUUCAUUUUAUUAAAUUGAUUGUAUAGAAUUUAAGUUGAGAAUUAUUCCAUAAUUCGUGUAGCAAAUAGUGUUUAGUUUUUCUAUAAUGAAAUUAUAAAUUAUUUUAUUUAAAUAUACAAGUAUUUGUCCUUAUCUAGUAGUAUCGACAUUUCAAUAGCAACUCAUUUGAUGCAUCAUUAUUAACUUUAUAUUAAUGAAUAUUUGUGUGGUGACGAAAAUUGUCUAAAUAAAAAUAUGACCUACAUAAUGUCCGUGAUUAAGUUUCCUUUAGUAAAAACCUUUUACUACAUCCUGC